CUGCUCAGUUGUUGUCCAGCUGUCGUCGCACCGCAGACAACAUGGCUCGCGUUUUCACUCCGAUCCUAGCCCUACUGCUGGUGCUGGCCACCACCCAUGCGGCCGUUGUCCGUCAGUUUCCACCCUUCGAACGGCAGCAGCACCAGUUGAUCGAGAAUCCCAAUCAGCGUGCGGCUGAGCGCGUCGAUGAGGGGACCUAUCGGCUGCCGAAUAACACGGAGCCUGUAGAAUACAAUAUCGAUCUAACCACGAAUGUGCACGAUGGCACGACAGCAUUCCAAGGCACUGUGACCAUCACGCUGAAAGUUCUAGAGACGAGUUCGGUUAUUGUGGUGCAUGCCCGACAACUAGAGAUUCUGGAGGCGACAAUCCGCAAGAGUGAUGCAGCUGAGUCAACUGCUGUGGCACUUGACGUCGCUGAGGAUAAAGAGCGCGAAUUCUUGCACUUGUCUGUCAAGGAUCUAACCUUUGCAGAGGACACCACCUGGCUGGUCACCAUUAAAUACAGCGGAAAUCUGCGCUUGGACAACGGUGGCUUCUACCGUUCCUCGUACACCGAUGAGACUGGUGCUACCAAAUACCUGGCCACCACUCAGUUCGAGAGCACCGAUGCCCGUCACGCCUUCCCCUGCUAUGAUGAGCCAGCCAAGCGUGCCAUUUUCACAAUUACCAUACAUCACGAUCCCAGCUACAAUGCCAUCAGCAAUAUGCCAGUGGAUGCGGCCAAGUCAAGCCCUGGUGUUACGGCCUUCCAGCCCACUGUCAAAAUGCCUAGCUAUUUGGUGGCCUUCAUUGUAUCGGAGUUUGUGUCCUCUGAGGGUGAGCUUAACGGUCUGCCCCAGCGCGUCUUCUCCCGCAAGGGCACCGAGCAUGAGCAGGAAUGGGCUUUGACCACUGGCAUGUUGGUCGAGAAACGUCUCUCUGGCUACUUCGGUGUGCCGUUCGCUUUGCCUAAACUGGAUCAGGCAGCUAUUCCCGAUUUCGCUGCUGGCGCCAUGGAAAACUGGGGAUUGGCCACAUAUCGCGAGGAGUAUCUGCUGUACAAUGUGGAGAACUCAACAACAAAUACACAGACAAAUAUUGCCACCAUUGAGGCACACGAGGAUGCGCACAUGUGGUUCGGUGAUCUGGUGGCCAUCGAAUGGUGGAGCUAUCUCUGGCUCAAAGAGGGUUUUGCCACGCUCUUCGAGAACUUGGCUGUCGAUUUGGCCUAUCCAGAAUGGGAUAUAUUCCAGACUUUCCAUACUGGCUCAUAUCAGAGCGCCAUGAUCAGUGACGGUAAUCCCUCAGUGCGCCCGAUGACCUACUACGUGGAGAAGCCUUCGGACAUUUCGUUGCUCUAUGACUCAAUUGCGUAUGCCAAGGCAGGCUCAGUGCUGGACAUGUGGCGUCACGCUCUUACCAACACCGUCUUCCAGCGGGGUCUGCACAACUACCUGGUGAAGAACGCCUAUUCCGCUGCCAAUGAGACGGAUCUGUUCGAUGCCAUUGCGCUGGCCGCUCGCGAAUUGAAUUAUGAGGUGCCAGCCCUUGUGGAGGACAUGAUGUCCAGCUGGACCCGCCAGGGUGGACUGCCGCUGCUGACUGUGGAGCGCAACUAUAACGAUGGAUCCUUCACCGUCAAGCAGGAGCAGUACACCAACAACAAGGACGCCAAGGGCGACAAGACCUGGUACGUGCCAGUGAACUAUGCAGUGCAAUCGAAUCCGGAUUUCCGUCGCACCGAGGCCACUCACUAUCUGCACAAGGACCAGAAUUUGAGUAUCAGCGAUGCCGCGCUGAAGAGCGGUGAAUGGCUGAUACUGAACAAACAAUCCACGGGCUACUAUCGCAUCAACUAUGAUACACACAACUGGCAGCUGAUCAGUCACGGCUUGGCCGAUCGUCCACACAAGAUUCAUCCGCGUAAUCGCGCCCAGCUGAUUGAUGACGCAUAUCGUUUCGCUACUAGCGGUCGGCUCUCCCAUUUCGUGCUCCUUCAGCUGCUCACCUAUCUGCCGCAGGAGACUCAAUAUGCUCCCUGGUCAACGGCUAAUUCCGUGAUCAGUGUGUUCAAUCGCUAUCUGAGCGCUGAUGAAGCCUACGAGAAUUUCCAGUUCUAUGUUGCUGCAUUGGUCAGCGAGCAGUUCGAUAAGUUUGGCGUGAACGAUCAGAACGGAGAGCAACAUCUGGUCAAGUUUACCCGCAACGCGGUCAUUAAUGUCGCCUGUCUGGCCGGCUUGAAGAGCUGCCUGGAUGAGACAAACGCCAAGCUGCAAGCCUUGAUCGCGCACGGCACUCCGAUCGAACCCAAUCUGCAGACGCCCGUCUACUGCAAUGGCCUCAAGCAGGCCGACGAUAAAACCUUUGACUUUGUCUACGACAAACUGAUGCACUCAAACAACCAGGCCGAGCGUCGUCUGCUCAUCUCAGCCCUCGGCUGCGCACAGAACGAGAAGCAGCUGGAGAAAUACGUUUCCAGCAGCAUUGAUAUGAAUAACCAGCUGCGCACUCAGGAGCGCUAUACGCUGCUCACUCCCACCUACUCCCGUGGAUCGGUGGGUCUGAAUGUCUGCAUUGAUUUCCUGCUCAAGAAUUGGCAAGCGUAUGCCCAGCUGAAUGCUGGCUUCGGUGGCGUUAAUCCUCUGUACUCUGACAUUCUGGGCAUGUCCUCCUACGUGGUUAACGACAGUCAAAAGGCUAAGCUGCAGGAGCUGAUCGAUGCGGUCAAAGACUCCGAAUUCGUGCCCGCAACACUUCAGGCAAGCGUAGACACUAACGUUGAGGCUAACAUGGCCUGGCUGGCUUCCAACCGGGGACCCAUCAUCUCCUGGGUAACAUCCUUCCGUAACGGCAGUCCCGCUCUCACAGCAUCUCUGCUAGCCAUGGCACUGUGCUUCAUCGUCGCUAUGUUUCUAGUGAUAUUUCAAAUAGAAAUUGAAAUGUUCGGUCGGCAUUUGGCUGUCCUUGGGGCGGUCUGUCUGUGUGUCGUGUUGGCGGCCCCACGACAGGAGCCGGAAGUCCUGCCACCGUCUACGUUUGCGGAACCAGAAAACUGGGAAUACAGAUUGUCAACGCACAUCAAUCCCAUUAACUACAAUAUUACGUUGCGACCCUAUUUGCUAGAAAACGAUAAGGCUCGCUUUACCUUCGACGGUGAGGUAUUCAUCGAAAUCGAGCCGGAGUCGACAACAAGGCUCGUGUCAUUACACUCGAAAAACUUGACUUAUACGAAGUCGGAGUACUGGCCGAAACCGGCAAUAGGAGGUGCAGCAGCUAAUCCCACUCAGCUAACAAUUGGACCACACAAUUUGCAGACCGACAUCAGAAAUCUGACCACAGCCUCGGAUCUGGUGGCGAAGCAGCGCUACAUUUUGCAUUUCGUUUAUACGGGAACGAUGGACGAUGAUAUGCAUGGAUUCUACCGUAGCUACUAUGUGAAUGACAACAAUGAGACGAAAUGGCUGGGCUCCACACAGUUCCAGACGCAUCAUGCGCGUCGUGCCUUCCCCAGCUUCGAUGAGCCGCAGUUUAAGGCCACCUUUGAUGUGAACCUGAUACGUCCUCGCACCUACAAUACUGUUAGUAAUACUAGGCUAAUUUCCUCAACGCCUAUGGAGAAUGGCGAAUACUUUUUGGAUGUAUACAAAACCACGCCGAAAAUGUCCACCUAUUUGCUGGCCUUCAUUAUCUCAGAGUUCUCCAUCCGCAAAGAUGAGUCGUUUGGAGUUCUGGCGCGUCCCGAGUUUUACCCACAGACCCAAUAUAGCUUCAACGUGGGUCGCAAGAUUCUUGCCGAGAUGAGCACCUAUCUGGACUUGAACUACUACACGCUAGGCAAUGAUAAAAUGGACAUGGCUGCCAUACCCGAUUUCUCAGCGGGUGCCAUGGAAAACUGGGGCCUGCUGACCUACAGGGAGCGCAGUCUGCUGGUGGAUGAGACCGCCACGACUCUGUCAUCCCGUCAAUCAAUUGCAGCUGUUGUUGCCCACGAACAGGCUCAUAUGUGGUUCGGUGAUCUGGUCACCUGCAAAUGGUGGAGCUACACCUGGUUGAAUGAGGGCUUUGCCAGGUAUUUCCAAUACUUUGGCACCGCCAUGGUCGAAACGGAGUGGAGCAUGGAUCUGCAGUUUGUGGUCGAUCAGAUUCAGUCGGUGAUGGGCAUGGACUCGACCAACGCUACUAAUCCCAUGAGCGAUGAGAACACAUUCACGCCGGCACACCUGAGUCGGAUGUUCAACAGCAUCUCCUACAAUAAGGGCGCCACCUUUAUUCGUAUGAUUGAGCAUGCAAUGGGCUCGGAUAAUUUCAAGAAGUCUCUGCGGGAGUACCUUGUCAAAAACCAAUAUGAGUCCUCGGUGCCUGAGUACUUGUUGAAUGCCUGGCUGGCCAACUGGCCCGCUGAUCGCUUCAAGGCCGAUGCGACAAAGAUCUUCACGAGCUUCACCACUCAAGUGGGCUAUCCCCUGAUCAAUGCCGAGCUGAGCGCUGAUGGCAAGAGUGUUAGGUUUACCCAGAAACGCUUCCUCCUCAAGCAAGGUGACGGUGCCGAUCCCAAUUUGGUCUAUACCGUGCCAAUUACCUACACCACCAGCUUGGAGAAGAACUUCAACGACACCAAGCCGAAGCUGGUGCUAGCCCCCAAUGCGCCAGCGACAGUUACCUUGCCCAGUGCGGCCACAUGGGUGUUGGCCAACAUCCAGGAGACGGGCUACUAUCGCGUCAACUACACGGAGAGUAACUGGAAUGAAAUCCACAAGGCGCUCGUCAGCACCAACUGGGGUGGCAUCCAUGAGCUGAAUCGCGCUCAGGUGGUCGAUGAUCUGCUCAAUUUGGCUCGUGCCGGACAUAUCAACUACGAGCUCACACUGAAGGUGCUCGAGUAUCUGGAAACUGAAAUCAAUUAUAUACCCUGGACAUCGGCAUUCAAUGGCUUCAACUACUUGGCCAUACGCCUGGGCACGGACACCGCCCACUUCAGCACAUACAUUCGCCAGCUGACCAACAAGGCCUACAACCAGCUGGGCUUCGAGGAGAGCACCCUGAACACAGCCCUCGAGAUCUAUCUGCGCACAAAGGUGCUGUCCUGGAGCUGUCGCUAUGGCAACAUCGAUUGCAUCAACAGGGCCAAGAGCUAUUUCAAGUCGCUCUACACUGUGCCCAAGAACAUUCGCUCCGUGGUCUACUGUGUGUCGCUGCGUGAGGGCGGUGCCACCGAGUUCGAUGCGCUCUAUGCGAAAUUCAAGACCGAAAAGGUUGCCACCGAGGAGACUCUGCUCCAGAACUCCUUUGGUUGUGUGAAGCAACAGGCACUCAUUGAGCGAGUCUUCAAUUUGGUGUUGAGCAAUGAGAUUCGUCGCCAGGACAAGUCCUCAGUGCUGAGCACCCUCUACACCGAGAACAACGAGAAUGUGAGCCCCGUCUUCAAGCUGGUCACCGCCCAUGUCGAUGCACUGGCCACAGCCAUGGGUGGCUACUCCUCGGUGGCCACAGUCGUCUCGAACCUUGCGGCCCGCUUCACCGAGCAGUCGCAAUUGGACGACCUGAAGAAGUUCAAUGCCGACAACAGCGCCAAGUUCGGCAGCUCGGCAAGCACACUGAGGGCCGCUGAGAAGACCGUCCAGGAGAAUCUGGACUGGGCCGAGACCAGGCUGGGCACCUUCCGCACCUAUCUGGCCAGGCGCAAUGGCAGCGCCACGCUGAGCGGCCUAAGCCUGCUCACCCUGCUGCUGGUGGCCCUGGUCACGUUGCUGCGCUAAGACCAAGAUUAGCCCCUUUGCCAUAGAUUGGCAUUGGCGCUGUCGUCCAACUGUUGAAGUAUUUGAACGCCUGUACCGCCUGUGCAACAGGCCAUAAACCAGCCAGAUAAGAGGGCUUUGAAUAUAACUAUGUUGACUUUAACUUAUAAUAAAAC